AUGGCUGAACAUAUGAAGGGACGCUCGAAUGUAGAGGCACAGCGAGUAGCAAUUGACCAUGCACAGCAAGAACAUCUCACUAUCAAAGUCGAACUUGAAGAUCGAAUGAGAAGUCUGUCAGAAAGUCAAAGAGAAGUGGACCGCCUGCAGGCCACGGCACAGACAAAGCGACUAGCAAUUAAUCUUUUGGAAUCUCUUAAUGAGAAGGAAUCCAAACGUAUGGCAAGGAUUAGAGCCGCCACUACCCUCAUUGAGCGACUCGACGUCCGCUUCGGAUCAACACCAAGAAAGACUCGACGGGAUGCUGAGUGUAAUGAGGCGAACAGCCGAGAACGCCUGCGCACAGCUAUUGUAUCAGCUACAGGCCGAUCUGAGGACGACCCCCGAGUAGUCGAGUUAUUCGAGCGAUUUUCACAAGCUGCACAGCGCCGUGCCGCGAGCUACCUGCGAUACCGAUCCCCACUCCCCCUGAAUCCAGAAAGGAUCACGUCUGAAGGCCUAGACGCAGCCGAAAAGGAAGCGUCGUUGCAGCGCUUGUCAGACCAAUCCUUGGAACUGGUACACUCUUGUGCAGGAUUAAUCCAACAUGUCUCCAUCUUCAAUGAUAUCACGAGCCCUGAACUUUGUGAAUGUCUGCGCAAGGAAUCGUCUGAAGCAGAGGGAUAUGUGGAUGCCCUGCGCCUGUCAAUCACGGGAUAUGCAGAUGGUAACGUACGGGAUCUCCAGGACGGUAGUGUUAUUCUCCGACGAGGAAAGGCAUGGCAGCAGUCAUUAGUUGACGUACGGACCAACAUGGUGGAAGCGCAUGAGAAGGAACUACUCGUCCAAAACGCUGUCAUCUUCGCGCCUGCACAACAUCCGAACUCGGGGAAGCUCCUAGAAUCAUAUCGUAAAUCUGCCAGAGGAACCGAGGAGCAAUUGACCACGAUGUUAGCGCGUAAACUAGAAAAGUCGCACACAGGGGAUACCUUGCAGACAGAAAUCGAGCGACUCGUGAAGGAAGUAGGCAUAGUGGGUGUCCUAUCUGGGUCCACUGGCUGA